AUGGGAGACAGCUUUGAAGCGGUCUGUGCCGGUGAUUCCGAGGAGGAUGUGGCCGCCGUCAAGGCAAUGGUGGAGAAGAUAACGUCAGAAAUAAUGGCACACGGCGAGGAGGAGUACGAUUCGUACGAUCCGGAAAGUUUGCAGAAGGUCGAAUUCAACAUUCAGAUCAACCGGGUAGGAAUGAUACUGGGGGAAUUGACCCAAACGCUGGAGGUACUGUUCUGCCUGCCGAUAAUCUGUCACAACGAAGCCCUGCUGGAUGUUUGCUUCGAGGAGGAUGAUAAGAAUGUGAUAAAGUUUCUCAGUCAGUACAUUGCCUCCAAUGCAUCGGCGUCGAUGUCCAAGGAUGAUAUUGAUGUUGAGCAGUUAACCGUGCCUGCAGGACAACUAAUUGAACUGGCGUCCCUUCUCGCGAAAAAGGAACUCCACGCGGCAACGGUUGGACAUGUGAAGCAGCUCCCGGGUGUUUAUCGACGCUUUCUUUCAAACAUUCGCGAAUUCCGCAAGUUUACGAUCAACAAGAUGAAGCUGACGGCACAGAAAGAUCUGGCCAAGGAGAAGAUUCUGCACCGGCUGUGGACGCGCAACGAGCGUAACAAGAAGGAAAUCCGUAAGAUCGAGGACAUCCUUGUGAUGAAGAAGGAAAAGCUGGAGGAAUCCGUGCAGGAGAAGUACGCAGUAAUCGAGCGGUACCGCAAGGAGCUGGAAGAACUGGGAGAGAAUUCUCGUGAUAAUAUUAUAAAAUUUAUGGAUGAUUCCGAUCGGCAGAUGUUCCACUACUUCGAGAGAAGUGAUCUGCGGUACGAGAAUUUGCUCGAGGAAGCGGCAGGCACGCUUAAGUGCUACCAGCAGCAACUGCAGGAAGAUUUGACGGUGGAGAAAACGAAUCGAUUGAAGAAGCUGAAGCUUACCAAUCAGUUGCAGUUGUGGCUGCACAAGUACGAUAAGGAUGCGGGUGAGCGGACACACGAGCUGAAGGAGCUGGUGACGAAGUUGAACACCCGCCAGCAGGAGUAUAACCGUUGGAAGAAUAACAUUUUCGACCCGCAGGAGAAAAAGUACUUUGAUGCGAUGGAAGAAAAGCGACAGAUCGAGAUUCGUGAGCAGGAGGAACGGAUCGAAGCGUUCAUGAUGAACCGGGCAGCGAAGGUACUGCAACGUUGCUGGCGUUCAGUUGCGGAGCGAAAGCGCAAAAUGCGCGGUAAAGGUCGCGGACGCAAAGGAAAGGGAAAGCGAAAGUGA